CUCUCUUCCAUAGUCCAUAGUCCAUACCCAACGGGCACUUCAUAAACUUUGUCGUUUCUUUCAUCUUUCAUUUUCAUUGCUCACCUGUUUCUGGAAAGUUUGAAACUUAACACACAGAGAGAGAGAGAGAGAGAGAGAGAGAGAUUUUUUGUCUACCUCACUUGGUAGUAACAUAAUGAGCUCUGUUUUGGCAUUCAAUAUAUAGGGAUACUUCCCCACCCAAUAAAGCAAUCUCUAUUAAGAGCUUUAUUGCAUAAACGACUUGUUCAGUCAUCACGGGAUCACUGCCUCACUACAUUAAUGGCUGAAGUUGAAGUACCAUGUCCAGAAACAGAGAGCUCUAGUUCUAAUACCUCUUCUUCUUCCUCCUCAUUGUCCUCUGAGUCCAUGCACAACUCGGUUUUUGACUCGUCUAAGGAAUUACCAGAAGAUAAAAAACCACCGACGAAGAGAAAAAGAGAGACGAUUAACAAUGAGAACAGCGUACAAAAUCAAGUUUACAGAGGAGUUAGGAUGAGAAGUUGGGGAAAAUGGGUAUCUGAAAUUCGUGAACCUAGAAAAAAAUCACGUAUUUGGCUCGGUACUUAUCCUACAGCAGAAAUGGCCGCUAGAGCACAUGACGUGGCCGCGCUGAGUAUUAAAGGAAAUUCCGCCAUUCUAAAUUUCCCUAAUCUCAUCGACUCUCUGCCACGUCCAGUGUCGAAUUUACCUAGAGAUGUUCAAGCUGCUGCUGCUAAAGCAGCUGCAAUGAAUUUGAACCUAACUUCUCUCUCAUCUUCAUCCUCAUCUUCUUCGUCAACUACAAUAACAUCAGCGGGCUCAGAGGAAUUAGGAGAAAUUAUAGAGCUGCCUAAUUUAGAGGAAAGCGAGGAGACGAAGACUGAGUUGAGGUUGAGUGACUCGGUUGAAGGGUGGUUGUACUCGCCGUGGUGGGCAUCUACUGAUAGUGAUUUUUGUGGUUAUUUUCUGGAGCAGUCUGCUUCUGCUACUGGUGAGAGUUUAAUUCCGAGCAGCUUUGAGAUUCUGAAAUGGGGCUGCUAAAGCUGAUGAUUCUGUUCAGCUUUGUGGACUGAGAAAAGUGGGUUUGCUUUGGUUUUUGUCUUUUUCUUCUGCAUUUUAUGGAUAUCUGCGGAUUAGUUAGUAACUGUUUAAGUAAAUGUAUGUAUACAAUAUUAGUUUAGUUGUCCAUAAAUCAUACAUUUUGGAUACUCUUUAUUAUACAUUUGAAUAUAUACUAGUACUUGAUUAGGUUUACAGGA